GAUUCUGGGACUUUUAGUCCCAAAUGGCGGAGUGGUUGCAGAGAUAAGAUCGUCAAGAACAAAAAAGAAAAUCCCCACAAGAAACGACAAAUCCGAAUUAAUUUGGAGGUGAUCUACGGAGCCUUUUCACUGACUGCAGGCCCUGCUUUCCAGCCAAGAUGCCCGGGUUCACAUGUUGCGUCCCCGGCUGCUACAACAACUCGCACCGCGACCGGGAGCUUCGCUUUUACACAUUUCCAAAGGACAGCACGCUGAGGGAGCAGUGGCUGAGGAACAUCUCCCGGGCCGGGGUCAGCGGUUGCUUCAGCACCUUCCAGCCCACCACCGGGCACCGCGUCUGCAGCGUGCACUUCGCAGGUGGGAGGAAAACCUACACCAUCCGAGUGCCGUCUCUUUUUCCUUUGAGAGGCGUAAACGAGCGGAGAAUUCGGCGGGGCAGGGGCAGGAAGGGCCCCGCGGGAGGCCCGGCCCCUGCCCCGACAGCCGCUGCCCCCUCCGGGAUGAUGCUGGCCAGUGUGCUGGGCAGCACCGUGGAAGGAGCGGAAGGAACCAAAGGGGGUGAGGCCAACGACGACACCAUCACGGUGGUGCAGAUCGGGCACAACGGAGAAUACCUCGGCACCGCGCGACUCCCCACCUUCACCCGCCCGCUAGACGACGAUAUCGUCUCCAAUAUCUCUUCAGCCGAUGCGAUAGCGCACAACGCGGUGCACACCGUCAGCGUGACCAGCAGCCCUCUGGACCACUCGUACUCGCUGACCACCGGGACGACGUCUACGGAGCUGCUGCGGAAACUGAACGAACAGCGAGACAUCAUCGCCCUGAUGGAGGUGAAGAUGAAGGAGAUGAAGGCCACCAUAAGGCAGCUGCGACUGAACGAAGCCAAGCUGCUGGAUGAUGUGCGUGAGCGGGACCGAUUGCUCUACGGAAGCCCACUGCCUCUGGAAUCCCGCAAGAAACUCCUCAAGUGGCGAGAGACAGUGCAGCAGAGUUGACAACGCGAUGGCUAUUUAUGAUCAACAAGUGUGGAGGCCAUUGUUAGCUCAAAGUUUGAGUGACAAGUAGCUCGUAUAGGCCUUAUGUAAUGGCUGUCCUCCAAGUCAAAAGACAGUGUGUUGUUCUUUCAGAGUUAAAUGGAGAAUAGAUUGUAGUAACUUCAUCUAUUAUCUCACAGUAAGAGAAAUAAGAUGUCUGCUUCUGUGCUUUUUCUCUGAGACUGUUUUGCCGAGAGUGAAACAAAGUUUGAAGAGGAGACCUUUUUUUGUUUAAAUGGUUGUCGUCAAUGAGGAAAGACUCAAAGGAAACAAACUGCUUCAGAAAAAGCAGCAGCUGAUUUCCGAUCGCUGUGUUUUACAGCUGCAUCUUGCCCACUCAUAAGUGUAACAAGUGCCGGGGGUCUUUGAAAGCGAAUUUUGAAGUAAAGUUCAUUUUCACCACUGUGGUUUCUUUCUCACCUGUUGCAGCUCAGAAUACUCUGGAUUCAUCACAACAUAGCUGCACGUUUGAGUACACAGUUUGACUAAUAUUUGACACACAGGGACACAUUAUUUCCCAUUGAUUGACCUUUUAUGCAAUUUCGAUGAACUUUCUUCCUUUGAACAGCUGGCUGACACUGUACAGUAUCAAUAAAAGAUAAAAAUGGAAUGAAAUACAACAACGAACGGGAACAAUAGAAACAAGCAAUUGUUAUUGAAGAACCAUAGAUAUAUGAGAUGUUUAUAUAUUUGACGUACAUAGAUAUUAACUUGCUUGGUUGGCAGAUAGCUGUUAAUGUGACUGGCAGCCAGAUGUUAAGUGGGAAAGAAACCGUGUUCCACAUCAUACCAGCGGGGGAGGUGAUGCUAUAGAUUUGUGAUGAACUCACUUCGACGUGUAUAAAGUACGGCCACAGAUAUUUACAGUGUCUGACAAGAAGAAAGUGACAAACAUAUAACAUCAUUUGAUGUAUUUUUUAAUCAAAUAUUCAUUUUCCUUGAGCCUAGAUUUAAGUAUGUUAGGAACACCUCAUGAUUUAUUACGACCCCAAAGCCACACGUCUGAGGCUUCAACAAAGGUCAAAACAUUGUCGAGUUGACUUUUAAUGUUUCUCCAUUGUGGCUUUAAUUCAAAAUUCAAGUUUGGUUUAGUGAGAAAUGACAAAGAAAAAUGAAUCACAUUAAUUCACUAGGUUUUAAACAUCUGUAAUAUAAUAAACAGGAUGACAUUAAAUUGACUAAAUUGAUUUUGUUGAGAGUCAAACCGUAUAAGGGAUGCUCUUUUUAUGUCAUGCAUGAUGGCAUUAUAAGGGACCAACAAUGACGUAGAUGUUGAUCUCCAAUUUUAGAUUCAGACCACUUGCUCUGAUAAGAUUUGAGCUACGAUGUGAUGCGAGAGGAUAACCAGUUGAGAAGGGAAUGUCUGAGCAUCCUGCUUCCCUGGCUUUCCGCCUCUAGAUGGCAGCCACACAAAGUCUGACCGUCACAGACUA